AUGGUCAGGCAGCUCAAACACCACGAGCAGAAAUUGCUCAAAAAAGUCGACUUCCUCAACUGGAAACAGGACCAGGGCCACCGGGACACCCAGGUGAUGUCCACGUACCACAUUCAAAACAGAGAGGACUACCAUAAAUACAACAAGAUCUGCGGAGAAAUCCGCCAACUUGCACACAAACUCUCGUUGCUACAACCCACGGACCCCUUUCGGAUCAAGCACGAGCAGCUUCUCUUGGAAAAACUAUACAACAUGGGCAUUUUGGCCACCAAGUCGAAGAUCUCGGACUUGGAAAACAAGAUAUCUGUCAGUGCGUUCUGCAGACGGCGCAUUGGCGUGGUGAUGUGCCGCAUGAGAAUGGCUCAAAACAUCAAGGACGCCAACACUUUUGUGGAGCAGGGCCACGUGCGCGUGGGGCCCAAUGUGAUCACUGACUCGGCGUACUUGGUGACUAGAAACUUGGAGGACUACUUGACCUGGGUGGACUCGUCCAAGAUCAAGAGAAACGUGCUCAAGUACAAGAACAAGAUCGACGACUACGACCUUGCCUAG